UUUAUUUGCUUGCACAUUGUGGCUAUGUUUAUUAAUUACUUUGUAGCUUAAUCUUAUAAAACAGACAUUUAUCCUGUGAGCUAUGUAGCAUGGGGAAAGAGGCCUUCAUAGCCUUGCGUUGGUUAUAAAGAGAGGACAGGAUCUCAAGAUUUGCCCCUUUUCUCCCCAAGGAUCAAUACCACCUCUCCCAUGGGCCACCAGGUUACCACUCUCUCUGGCACAGAGCUACCAUGUUCCAGUCUCCUUCAGCAUCUCUCCUUUGCCUGCGACAUGGACACCUGCAUGCUCCGUUUGGUGUUAAAGGCUGGCUACAAUUGCUCUCAACCUCCUGUUCAAAGCAGGCCCCAUGCUAUGAGUUCAUUUCAGUUGGACUGAUGGUGUAACAGAAAAAAGAUGGCAGACUUUGGAGUCAGACUCCUCUGGGUUUAAAUCUUAGCUCUGCCUCUUAAGCCAUGCAGCUUAAGGACCCAGAGCUUCAGUUCCUCAUCUGUAAAAUGAUUAAAACACAGUCCACUUCACAGGGUUUGAAGAUUACAUGAGACAGAACAUAUUCAAGCCCUAAAAGUGAAUAGCUCAAUUAUUGCUUGUUAGCUCAUGUAACUGAUUUGCUAGUUUUUCAUAAAAGCCUUUAUUUUAUGGCCCUGUGGUUCUCAUAACCUUAUAGUUACAGACCUCCUGUGCCAUCCUGAAGACUACUUCCCUCACAGAUUUUCCCGUCACAGAGAUGUCUGCUAAGACUAACAUUUUACAUACAACACUAAAGAAACAAUGUACUAAAAAGUUUUUGCCUUUUCUCAAAAUGCUUCUAAAACUUUUUUUGCUUUGAAAUUUUAAUUCGAUACUUUAGAAAUUGGUAUAGGUGGUUUCGUUUGCCACUAAACGAACUCAGGUAAAAUGGAAGGGAUUGAGUCUGUCUUAACUUCAAGAAAACCUUGUUAAUGCAUAGAAUUGUUCAUUUUUCUCCAUUCAUAAGUUGUUGUCAAUCUUUGGAGUCUGUCUAUUAAGACUGUAUCUGACUUGACCCAUGACAUAUUUACUUAUUUUAAGCUGAAUACACCCUGAAGUGACUCCCCGGAGGUCUGCAAAACAAACUUAGUGCUCUAACCCUGGCUCUCAGGGUGCCGUCUGAGCCAGACGAUUACAAAGGCUACCUGCCAAGCUUCCCCGAAACGCAGCCCAGCAGCCCAUGGAGAAUUACACACCUCGCAGGGGUACCCUGAGGAAUAAAUGAGAUAAAAGUGUGCGGAAAAACCUCGUAAAACUUCGAGACCCCAUUAGAAAUGCUAAUUGCUGCCUUGCUAGCCUAUGUUUAAAUGUUAGGAAACCCAGGGAGAUUCUCCGAAACUCGGGGACGCUCGGUCCCUCUGUGGCUCGGGCGGGCGCCAGGGAUGCCCUGUGCCCACAGGCCGCGAGGGCCAAUUCCGCCCGGUGCCGCGCGGUGCAACGCGGGACGGCCGCUAUUCCGCCCCCGACGGGGGUCCCCGCAGCACUGGCCUCCCGCCUCCAGGCCAAGGGGUGUGGGGUUCGGGCUGUUGGCUUCGCACCGUAUGAGGGAGAGGAAGGCGAACCCGAAAGCCCCUGUCCCGCGCUCCCUUCACGUCUCCCGACUUCGCGGGCGUCGGGCCGACCUGGUGGAGCCUCCCUGGACAGACUAGGCUUUAAAGACCCCCGCAGCCCUCCGGGCAAACGUCCAAGGGCGGGCCGGAGACCCGCCUCCCGGCGCGGCGAGGUGGGGCCGGGGGGGAGGGGGGGUCUCACAUCGGUUGCGGGCGGGGAAGCCCCCGAGGAAGGUCUUACAUCAGCCACCCCACGUGCAGUCGGAGGGAGGGAGGAAGUCGCUCCAGUCCCCGGGGCUGCGCCUUUCCCCCCCGGCCUCCGCCCCUCCCGCCGCGCGUCUCCCCGCCCCGUCCUUGGUGCAGCCGCGGCCGCCGAGCCGAGCAGCGCCGCGCGGGGCCGAGUCGAGCCGAGCAGCCGCCCGCGCCGCGUCGCCGGUUUAAGCGCAGUGCGGGGCCGCGGCCGGGGGCGGCGGUAGUGAGACCAGCGCUGCGCUCCAGCCCCCUUUUCCCUCCAUGGUUUCUCUCCGCUCCCGUGAGUAACUUGGCUCCGGGGGCUCCGCUCGCCUGCCCGCACGCCGCCCGCCUCCUGGGACCGCGCCGCCGGCCUCUGCCGCCAGCAGACCCCUUCCGACGGCCCUCGCUGCGCAGGCCGGGACGCCUCUCCCCCCUCCGCCCCCGCCGCGGAAAGUUAAGUUUGAAGAGGGGGGAAGAGGGAAACAUGGACAUGAAGAGGAGGAUCCACCUGGAGCUGAGGAACCGGACUCCGGCAGCUGUUCGAGAACUUGUUCUGGACAAUUGCAAAUCAAAUGAUGGGAAAAUUGAGGGCUUAACAGCUGAAUUUGUGAACUUAGAGUUCCUCAGUUUAAUAAAUGUAGGCUUGAUUUCAGUUUCAAAUCUCCCCAAACUACCUAAAUUGAAAAAGCUUGAGCUCAGUGACAAUAGAAUCUUUGGAGGUCUGGACAUGUUAGCAGAAAAACUUCCAAAUCUCACACAUCUAAACUUAAGUGGAAAUAAGCUGAAAGAUAUCAGCACCUUGGAACCUUUGAAAAAGUUGGAAUAUCUGAAAAGCCUGGAUCUGUUUAACUGUGAGGUUACUAACCUGAAUGACUACCGAGAGAGUGUCUUUAAGCUCCUGCCUCAGUUGACCUACCUGGAUGGCUAUGACCGAGAGGAUCGGGAAGCGCCUGACUCAGAUGCCGAGGUGGAUGGUGUGGAUGAAGAAGAGGAGGAUGAAGAAGGAGAAGAUGAGGAGGACGAGGAGGAUGAGGAUGGUGAGGAGGAAGAGUUUGAUGAUGAAGACGAUGAAGAUGAAGACGAAGAUGUAGAAGGGGAAGAUGAUGAAGACGAAGUCAGUGGGGAGGAAGAAGAAUUUGGACAUGAUGGAGAAGUUGAUGAAGAUGAAGACGAGGAGGAUGAAGAUGAAGAUGAAGAGGAGGAAGAAAGUGGGAAAGGUGAAAAGAGGAAGAGAGAAACAGACGAUGAAGGAGAAGAUGAUUAAGACCCCAAAUAACUUGCAAAAAAAGAACUGUUCAGUAUUGGUUGGACUGCUCAUACGGAUUUGGUAGCUGUUUAAAAAAAAAAAAAGGUAGCUGUGAUACAAACCCCAGGAUACCCACCCACCCAAAGAGCCAAAGAAUAGUUCCUGUGACAUUCCACCUUCCUCCAUUUAGUCCCUCUUGGAAAUUCACCACCAAGCUUGGGGACUUCACCCCAACAAAAUUGUAAGCGUUUGUUAGGUUUUCGUGUAAGACUCUUGCUGUAGCGUGGAUAGCUGUGAUUGGUGAGUCAACCGUCUGUGGCUACCAGUUACACCGAGACUGUAACAGCAUUUUUACUUUCUGUACAACAAAGAAGCUUUGUAAAUAAAAUCUUAACAUUUUG